UGGUGGUACCAAAGGGGCUACAGAAGGGUCAGAGCACAUGGCGCCCAGAGGUGGCAACAAUUUUUCAGGAAUUAUGACCUGAGCAGCAUUGUAACUUAGGGAGCCAGAUGCAGCAGCCUCCUCUGAAUCCAGGUUUCAGUGUCCCCCCUCUGGACAGUGUGACAAGUCACCCCCUUGACUCAGAUCUGGUGAUGCAACAAACCUCCAGAUACACAAAGAACCCCAGACCAGAGGAAGGAGUCUGGGAUUCAGAGUAGAUCCAGAGGCCAGAGUAGGCUGUCUGCAGAGGAGGUCUAGGCCUUUCUUGGGUCUGUAAAAAGCCUGAAGGGCUUGGGGAAGGAGGAUGCAGAAGGGGGAAGUGAAAACCACCCCCAAGGGAAGACCAGCCUGUGUCCCCAGGCCCACAGUGGAUCUGCUUCUUGAGCAGCAGCAAGGGGAGUGUGCGUACGGUUCCUACAGAUGUACACUCACGAGGCCACACUUCUGAUUAUGGGAACCUCAGCUAGGGAGCACUGUGUACUUGGGUGGGGUUCCCAAGCUCAGUCUUCCUACUCCACAGAAUGUUUUCUCUGCUCUUCAGGCAGCCUGAGCCGAGCAGGGCCCCUCCCUCUGCUCCGGCAGCCCCCCAUCAUGCAGCCCCCGAUGGACCUGAAGCAGAUCCUGCCCUUCCCACUGGAGCCAGCCCCAACCCUGGGCCUCUUCAGCAACUACAGCACAAUGGACCCUGUACAGAAGGCUGUGCUCUCCCACACAUUUGGAGGACCCUUGCUCAAGACCAAGCGGCCAGUCAUUUCCUGUAAUGUCUGUCAAAUCCGCUUCAAUUCUCAGAGCCAGGCUGAGGCGCACUACAAGGGUAAUCGCCAUGCCCGAAGAGUCAAAGGCAUCGAAGCUGCCAAAACCCGAGGCAGGGAGCCUAGUGUCCGGGAAUCAGGAGAUCCGGCUCCAGCAGGCAGCACCCCUCCAAGUGGGGAUGGCGUAGCCCCUCGUCCAGUUUCCAUGGAGAAUGGCCUGGGUCCAGCCCCAGGAUCCCCAGAGAAACAGCCGGGCUCCCCAUCUCCUCCCAGUGUUCCAGAGUCUGGACAGGGUGUAACCAAGGGUGAAGGGGGGACUUCAGUCCCAGCUUCCCUGCCUGGGGGUAGCAAGGAAGAAGAGGAGAAAGCUAAGCGUCUGCUCUACUGUGCACUGUGCAAGGUGGCUGUGAACUCCCUGUCCCAGCUUGAGGCACAUAACAAAGGUACUAAGCACAAGACAAUUUUGGAGGCCCGAAGUGGGCUGGGACCCAUCAAAGCUUACCCUCGGUUGGGGCCUCCCACUCCUGGGGAACCAGAGGCUCCUGCCCAGGACCGAACCUUCCACUGUGAGAUCUGCAAUGUCAAGGUCAAUUCGGAGGUCCAGCUGAAACAGCACAUCUCCAGCAGGAGGCACCGAGAUGGCGUGGCUGGGAAGCCCAACCCUCUACUGAGCCGGCACAAGAAACCUAGGGGCGCUGCAGAGCUGGCGGGCACGCUGACUUUCUCCAAGGAGCUGCCCAAGUCCCUGGCCGGUGGCCUGCUCCCCAGCCCCCUAGCGGUGGCUGCGGUGAUGGCCGCUGCAGCAGGCUCUCCGCUGUCCCUGCGCCCAGCUCCAGCUGCACCUCUUCUGCAGGGACCACCGAUCACACACCCUCUACUCCACCCUGCCCCAGGACCCAUCCGAACUGCGCACGGACCCAUCCUCUUCUCCCCCUACUGACCUCAACCCUGAACCCCUCCCAUUGAAUCCCCCACCUCCAGCCGGGACCCAGGUCUCCGGGCUCCCAGCCCGCCCCUUCUCCCGGCGCUCCCUGAAUGGUCUCUCCUUCCCCCCACCCCGAGGUACGGGGUUCCAGGAAAGGGGAGGGGUAGCGGGGGAGGGGGGCUUCAGAAGGGGGGGAACACCCCAGAUCUCAGGGAACCCCGCCCCCUGCCCUUCCCUCUCCCCUAGAAAAGAGGGGGGCCGUCUCACCCCCGAGCCCCCUCGGAGACACCCCCUCCCAAAAGCCAUGUCCAUCCAACCCUUCCCCUCCAAACCUAGCACAAAACGGGGUUCACAAGCCAUGGUCGGGGCCCGGGGGGAGAACAUGGAUUUUCUUGGCAAUAAGCGGACUCUGGGACUCCGGCUCCCCUACCCCAAACUAAAGCGCUUCCGUGAACAACCCCGUCCUCCGCAGGGGGAGGGGAACAGGCGGGAUCCUGGGUCCCUCGUAAGCACUUUGGUUUUACCGCCUGCAACCUCACUGUGCCCGCCCCGCACCAUGCCCCAGCCCCAGGUCCAGCUGGGCCCAUCGCAGGGGGCAGCACUUGGGGGCAUCUCAGGCACUUGGGUGGGACCAAGGAGAUGCCCUCAUAGACCCUUCCCUCGCCUUCUUCCUCCCCGGUCCGGGUUCCAUUCUUUUCACCAGCACCCAUCGCCCAAGGGGUACCAAGGGGGGCAAGGGGUGUCCAGUCCAAGCCCACCCCCGCCUCGCCUUCCGCAAAACUGUGAGCAAAAAGCAAUAGAAGCCUCGCCCCCGCCCCGGCCCGUCCCUUUCCGCAGGAUUUGCCGUCUGUAGCCUCCCCAUUCCAGUUCCUAGACCUCAUGGCUGCCCCCUCCCGUGACACCUCCACUGCACAACUCGGGCGGGGGCGUGACCCCCAACCCAUCCCUUCUGUGGUUUCUAUGUGGUCAGCCCUUCCAGCCGCCGACCCAGGAUGGGGACCGGCCCCCACUGGCCCUCCCCUCCCCAUGGACUCUUUCUGCUUGACAAUGUAGCAAACCCCCUUCCUCUUUCUCCUUGACAAUAAAGUCUAGAUUUGUUCUGCCCUCCUG